CAGUGGACAAGAGUACUAGUUUGUUGACUAGUGGUCUCAUUUAAAGUUGAUUGAUGGUGGGGUUGGUUCAAGAUGAGUAAUAUAUAGCAAUAGUACCAAAACCAUAUUCACCAGAUAGAAGAAGAAGAAGCAGAGAGUGUUUGUGGCUCCAAAAAUGGAACCCAAUGUGAGGACGUUGCAGUCUCAUUGUGUUGAGAUAGGAGGCAUGGAGGUUCACAAGGUGGUCCCACCACCCCAUAGGAGCACCAUGCAGAAGCUCAAGAACAGGCUCAAAGAGACCUUCUUCCCUGACGAUCCUUUGAGGCAAUUCAAAGGACAGCCAUUGAAGAAGAAAUGGAUUCUUGGUGCUCAAUACAUCUUCCCUAUUCUCCAAUGGGGUCCCACUUACAGUCUCAAGCUCUUCAAAUCUGACAUUGUUUCUGGCCUCACCAUUGCUAGCUUAGCCAUUCCUCAGGGAAUCAGUUAUGCUAAGCUUGCUAAUCUGCCUCCCAUUGUUGGUCUAUAUUCAAGCUUUGUUCCUCCACUUGUGUAUGCUGUGCUUGGAAGCUCAAGAGAUCUUGCAGUAGGUCCUGUUUCAAUUGCUUCUCUUAUCUUGGGAUCAAUGCUUAGGCAACAAGUGUCACCUGCAAAAGACCCCAUCUUGUUUCUUCAACUGGCCUUCUCUUCAACCUUCUUUGCUGGUCUCUUUCAGGCUUCUUUAGGAUUUCUAAGACUUGGGUUUAUUAUUGAUUUUCUUUCAAGAGCUACUCUGAUUGGAUUCAUGGCUGGAGCUGCUAUUAUAGUUUCUCUUCAGCAGCUUAAGAGCCUCCUUGGCAUCACUCAUUUCACCAAACAAAUGGGUUUGGUACCUGUUCUCAGUUCAGUCUUCCAUAACAUAAAUGAGUGGUCUUGGCAAACUAUAUUAAUGGGCUGUUGCUUCCUAGUUUUCCUCCUUGUGACAAGAUAUAUUAGCAUGAGGAAACCAAAGCUAUUCUGGGUGUCAGCUGGAGCCCCCCUUGUAUCAGUCAUCCUCUCCACACUGUUGGUUUUUGCAUUCAAAGCUCAACAUCAUGGCAUCAGUGUGAUUGGGAAUUUACAAGAAGGAUUAAACCCUCCUUCAUGGAACAUGUUGCAUCUUCAUGGAAGUUACUUGGGACUAGUAAUGAAAACUGGGCUUGUAACUGGCAUCAUUUCUCUUACUGAAGGCAUUGCUGUGGGAAGGACUUUUGCUGCUCUAAAGAACUACCAAGUGGAUGGAAACAAAGAGAUGAUUGCAAUUGGGGUCAUGAACAUUGUUGGCUCCUCCACUUCCUGCUAUGUUACAACAGGUGCUUUCUCUAGGUCAGCUGUGAAUCACAAUGCAGGCGCCAAAACUGCAGUCUCUAACAUAAUAAUGGCAGUAACUGUGAUGGUCACACUCCUAUUUCUCAUGCCACUCUUCCAAUACACACCAAACGUUGUAUUGGGCGCGAUCAUAGUCACAGCAGUUGUUGGCCUCAUUGACAUCCCUGCUGCUCGUCACAUUUGGAAGAUCGAUAAAUUCGAUUUCCUUGUGAUGCUAUGUGCUUUCUUGGGUGUCAUUUUCAUCUCUGUCCAGGAGGGCCUAGCCAUUGCUGUAGGGAUUUCCAUUUUUAGGGUCCUCCUGCAAAUUACUAGGCCGAAAAUAGUGAUGUUGGGACAUCUUCCUGGUACGGAUAUAUAUCGCAAUCUUCACCAUUACAAGGAAGCUGUUAGAGUCCCAGGAUUCCUCAUUCUAGGCAUUGAAGCUCCAAUCAACUUUGCCAACACCACUUACCUGAACGAAAGAAUUAUGAGAUGGAUAGCAGAUUAUGAAGCAGAGGAAGGAAUUGAAAACAAGAAGUGCUCAAGCCUUCAAUUUUUGAUCCUAGAUUUGGCUGCUGUGAGUGCCAUUGACACAAGUGGAGUUGCUUUAUUCAAAGAUUUGAGGAGAGCAUUAGAAAAGAAGAGUAUUGAGCUUGUGCUGGUGAAUCCACUUGGUGAGGUGAUGGAAAAGUUGCAGCGAGCAGAUGAAUCACACGAUUUAAUGAAACCAGAUAGCCUUUUCUUGACAGUAGGAGAGGCUGUGGCUUCGCUCAUCUCCACAGUCAAGGGCCAAUCAUCAAGCCAAGCCUAACGGAAGGACGAUAAUCGAUACUUCCCCUUUUUAGUUACAUUGCAGCACAGAAAAAAAAAUUAAAAAUUAAAAAAUUAAUUAUAUGAAACACUAUAGCAUUGUAAUCCUAUAGUGUAAUGCUUACUUUCGCCAAUUAUAGCUCAUGCUCAUAUGUUUACUGCUUAGGCGUUGUAUAACUUUUUGUAAUGCUUACUUUGAACUUCCUCAAAGGUUCUAGUUUUUCUGUAGUA